AUGAUCAAAGUUCGCGCCAGAAUCCUGAAACCCGAUGGCUCUGCUGUACUCGAGGACUCUGUUGGUCCUGUGAAUAAUUUUUUACAUUCAAUGUUUAACCAAGUGGAUGUAUAUUUCAACCAAAAAGUUGUGACGCCUCCGAAUAAUCUGUACGCCUAUAGAGCAUACAUUGAAAUAUUACUGAACUAUGGUACAGAUGCAAAGUCCUCACAUCUUGGAAUGUCGCUUUGGGCUACGGAUAGCUAUGGUGCAAUGGAUUCUACUGUUGUAGCGGCGGGUGAUGCGAGAAACAACAAUGGGCUAGUCUCACGUCAGGCCUUUACUAACGGUGGAAAAGCUUUUGAUCUACUGGGACAUUUACAUUGUGACGUGUUCAAUCAAGAUAAGUUUUUGAUGAAUGGCGUAGAGCUACGCGUUCGUCUUAUCCGUGCAAAGGACGACUUUUGCCUUAUGGACGAUAGUGCCCUGAAUUAUAAGCUGCGUAUAGUAGAAGCCUCCUUGAUUGUUCGUCGUGUCAAACUCAGCCCUGGAAUUUUGAUAGCUCAUGCUAAAACGCUUCUGCCUAAAAGAAUCAUACUGGGAUUUGUUGAAAAUGCCAGUUUCAACGACUCGAGAAAGAAGAAUCCCUUCAACUUUCAAAAUUUUGGGAUAAACUUUUUAUGUCUGAAUGUCGAUGGACGUCAAGUACCUACAAAACCUCUGCAGCCAAGUUUCACCUCUGGCGUCUGCCUAGAUGUGGAAGCAUUCAACACACUAUUUGCUGAAAUUGAUUCCACAAGACAGGUUAUUGUCGACUACAGUGGAUGA